CUGAAAACAGGUGUCUCCAACCCUGGCAGUCUUGGGGAGCAGAAUGUGGCACUUAAAUGAAGUUGUCCCCAGCCACACAGCAGGCAGGAGGUGUCACCAAAACCAGGGUGUCCCCAGCAGCUGUGGCACUGGCAGGAAGGAGCCAGGCUGUGGGAAGCACUGGGUGUGCAGCGUCAAGUGGCUGGGACCCAAUUCCCAGCCUGUGUUUAACAGGUCCCUUGUAAAAGUGCAGUUAUUACACAGCUCCUGAUGAUUAUAGAGCUGUAAAGAGAACUGGGCUCCGUGUUCCACAGGUGUGGACGCCAACCUCGGGCUCUUCAGCAGUGGGGUUUCACUGUAGGAAGUGACAGAACACCAUAAAAAUGUACUUAGUGCAGCAAAAACUGUGAGUGAAAAAUGCAAGCUGCCCACCCUGAAGGCUGCAGGGGAAUUUUGGAUUCUUCUGCCGAAUCCUUCUGAUCCUGGGCUGCAGCCAGAAGAAAUCUGGACCAUCCUAUGGAAAAGAGUGUUGGGAGUGCACAGGGAGCAGAGGCCUGAGGGGCGGGGGUUUCCCUGUGCAGUGAUGCCCGGGAUGGGGGCGUUGCGGUGCGCGCUGGCCGCAGCCGUUCUCCCGCUCCUCAUCCUCUCAGGACUUUGGGCUUCCGCUGAGAACAUCAACUUCUACAACAUCAGGCCUCCGCUAGACCCCACACCAUUCCCAAACAGUUUCAAGUGCUUUACCUGUGACAACGCGGUGGACAACUACAACUGCAACAGAUGGGCUGAAGACAGGUGGUGUCCUGAAAGCACGCGCUACUGCCUGACCGCCCACCUGUUCACCGCGCGCGGGGAGAGCACCUCGGUCACCAAGAGAUGUGCCACGGGCGAGGAGUGUCACCUGGUGGGGUGCCACCGCCGCGGGGACAGCGGCCACACGGAGUGUGUUUCCUGCUGUGAAGGCAUGAUCUGCAACGUGGAGAUCCCCACCAACGCCACCAACGCCGUGUUCGCCGUGCUGCAGGCGCGCAGGACGGCCGCGGGCAGCCGCGCCCUGCCCAGCCUGGUGGCACUGGUGACACUGGUGACACUGGUGACACUGGUGACCAUGGCACUGUCCUGACACAGCACCCCCAGACAGAGCUGCUGGGACAGUCCCCGGGCCAGGAACCUGCAGGAUCUCCAAGGAGAAGUCGCUGAUGUUCCCUGAUCCCAGCAGAUUUAAGGAGAGGCACAUUUGGAUGCUGUCGUGGGAAUCCUUCCCCGUCAGCAUUGAGAAUAAACCCCACAAAACACCCCAGUGAGUGGGGCAGUGGGGAGGACUCAAUUUUAAUUCCCUAUUUUCUGAGGAAAAUGCACAUUGUUUUGGUUUUUGGGACAGAACUGUGACAAUCAAUCAAAAGGAGCUUUGGGUGGAGGAUGUGGAAAGGCAGGAACUGGAUUUAAAACUAUGUGCAUAAACAACUCAGAGUUUCUUAUCAGGGUGUGUUUGAGCUUAUCUUGAUUUCACAGAGAGCACCUCUGGUUUUCAUACAGAACAAAUAUGAGGUUGGUAUUUUUUCUGCUCUUAUUUCUCCUGGCAAUAAUACAAAAUUAAUUCUUUUCUUUCUGUAAAAUGCCUCAUCCUCCUCCUGUUUUAAAGCUGUGGGAAAUGUAGAAUUCCUAAAAAAUCCUGUUGGACCACCCAGAGCAGAAUUCCUGAUCUUGCAAAGCAAAGGGAUUAUUUCCUUCCAAUUGAGUGUCCCCCCCAGAAUAUCACAAAAAUAUUAUUUUUAUCAUAUUGGGAUAUCACAUUUCAAAAUCACAGCUAUGCUCCAGCAGCUUCAUUAUCCUAAAAAUUCCAAGUAGGCUCUUGGAAUAAAUAAGGAGGGAACUCUGCUGUGUUCUCUUGUGAUUUGCACAGGUUUAUCCCAGGAAUUGUCCUGAUAGAUGUUUUCAGGAAGGAUGAAUCACUUAAACUGACUCAAAAAAGAGAUUUGGAGCUGCUCCCUGAAAAAUUCGAGUAGUUACAAAUUUGGCUUCUUUUACAUCAAUAUUGCCUUAAUUAUUUGCUGUUUUGUGUCACCAAUUAUAUUUAAAGAUUUUGAUAUAUUUCCAGGCUUGUUGACAUUCCGGAAUUUCCUCCACAAUAUUCUUAGAAUGCAGAAAGGUGUCUGAAUUCAGUCUGUGGCUCCUGGACGGGCGAUUGUGCAGCUACAAAAUUUGGAUGGAAAAGUAUUUUCCUUGCCAAAGGAAAACGGUUCUGGAUGUCUGAGUCAGGGUUUUCCAGGAUCUGGAUUCUCUCUUUCCAUAUCUGGAUUCUGUGCCAUCCAACAGGGCUGGAAUUCUGCUCUGGAGCUUUGCUGGGAGAGCUGGGAAUGUUCCCCUGGAGAAGGGAAGGCUCCAGGAAGAGCUCAGAGCCCCUGGCAGGGCCUGGAGGGGCUCCAGGAGAGCUGGAGAGGGACUGGGGACAAGGCCUGGAGG